CCCCUGCGGCCCCCUUUCCCGCCCAGCAUGGGGGCACGUGGCUCCUAAGCGCUUAGCACAGUGCUCUGCACACGGUGAGCGCUCAGUAAAUAGGACUGAUUGAUUGAUUCUUCGAGCCGGUGCCCCAUGGCUGAAGCCCGGAGGCUGGACGAAGAAGAGGAGGCCCCGCGCCCAGCCAGGAGUCGGCCGCACUCCUGCCACCCAGGCCCGGAUCGCAGUGAAAGAAACAAACCAGAGCACCGUUCUUCAAGCCAAGGACGCUUGUCAUCCAUUAAAGCUGCCAUCAAGAGAACUUCUCGAACUUCUCACAGCGAACAGCAUCGGGACAGGAGGCGCCCAGAGAUCACAAUUGUGGCAGCUGAGCCCCUCAGACCAACUUCGUGGUUUCCAGGGGCCUCACCAGCAUUAGGAUUUCCAUCCUCUCCCUCCCCAGGCGCCUGGAGACCAAACGAAGCGGUUCCUGCUGAGCUUCCACCAUCUUAUGAGCAAGUAAUAAAAGAAAUCAACCAGGUUCAAGUCAAUACCACAAAUAACAAUGCUGCCGCCACUCCAAGAAAUACCAUUACAUCUGCAACUCAGACUGACUUUCCAGAGGAAAUAAUCAGCCGCUUGCCAGGAAGUGAUGAAAACAAUCAGCCUGCUCCCUGUGUACCUGACAUAAUUCGGGUGCACGCUUCCCUCAAACCACCUCGGCCUCCUUCGCCACAGCUAACUGCCAAUCUUUUGGAAAGUGUGGCUCCUUUGAUUGUCUUUGAUAUUUCUGAAGAACAGAAUUGCCACGAAAAUCCCAGUGCCGGGAGAUGUCCAGUGCCAAGACCAAGAUCAAAAAGCAAUCUCAGACCAGUAGCUAGAGACAUUCAGACUAAAGCUCACGACCAUCAGGAAGUCGGCCAAACGAGAACAAACCAGGAGUCUUCUCCUAGUCAAUCCCUAGCCCCAUUAGACAGUAGUUUAUUGGACAGCCAAGUGGCGAUGAACAGUAUGAACACAGAAAGAAACCAAAAUAGUAUUGUUUCAAGGAUUAAAGCAUUUGAGUCUCAAACAAAUGCCGAAACCUCAGGACUACCCAGGAGACCAGAAAUUGCUCCCCGGACAUAUCCCGCCAGGCCUGCUGUUCCUGCAGGAAAACCAGCCCUAGCUCCCAAACCGGGAGCUAACCGAGCUUCUGAAGAGUGGAACAUCUGGGCAGAAAACAAGCCGAGGAAUGCCCCCAAGGAAGGGCCCUCUGCCCACUCCCAGCCCCCAGAAACAGGAAGCAGCCCAAUAGCCAAACCCGAAGUGCCAAAGAAACCAAAGCCCAGCCUCAUCAAAAGCACAAGUAAUGAUUGUCCGGAGACUCCCGACGGGGAGAAAAAACCUCCAACUCCCGCACCGAGACCUCUGCUCCCCAAGAAAUUAGUUUCCGUAGAAACCCCCAGUGUGCCACCAGCGGCCUUGAAACCUGUCACUGCUGCCCCCAGACUCUCUGUAGCUGCGCAGGCCAAAGCCUUCAGGGCAUUAGAAGAGGCACCUGCAGCCAUUCUCCCGCCUCCUCCUGUACAGAGCAGACCUGUUGGGGAAAGAGACCUGAUCAGCUUCGACGAUGAUGUUUUGCCAGCUGCUUCGUUUAACCUAGCAGGAGAAGCUCUCAGUUCAGAAGCUGCUCUGGAUCCCUUUCAGCUCCCUACAAAAACAGAGCCUACGAAGGAACCAGCAGUCCAAGCAGUCCCAACACGGAAGCCCACUGUGAUUCGAAUCCCAGCCAAACCAGCAAAAUCACUUCAUGAAGAUCUACAUAGUCCACCACCUCUCCCAGCAGAAAAGCCUAUUGGAAAUACUUCUGUUACAGCAGCUGGAAAAUCCAGUAAUGCUGAGAAAACAAGAAACUUGGAACCGGAAGGCACGAGUCAGCCAGGAAACUCUUGGAAAGCACCGAUGCUGCCCCCACGACCUGCAGAUGGAAAAGUUGCCCCUGCACGUCCUCCUCUCCCAAAGGGGGCCCCUGGAAGGCCACCUCCCCCCAAGCUCUCUGCAUUCAAGAUGUCUUCGCAGAAGGAGGCUUUUCCCCGAUCCUCAUCUGACAUGGAUCUUCAGAAAAAAACAAGUACCUCAGCUCUGGGACUCAAAAGGACAAAGAGCCAAGUCUUAAAAGAUCAAGAACCAGUGCUCCCCCCUCGACCUAAACCAGGUCAUCCCUUAUACAGGAAAUAUGUGCUGCCUGUGCCCCAUGGAAUUGCCAGUGAAGACAUCCUGUCACCAAGCCCUGGAGAACUGCCUUGCAAGCGAGGGGAGGUUCUGGUGCUGCUGGAACAGGCUGAAAAUAAUUACUUAGAAUGCCAAAAGGGAGAGGAAACUGGCCGAGUUCACCUGUCUCAUAUGAAGAUCAUCACCCCACUUGAACAUCUCGAGAACAGACCAAAGGAUGCAAAGAGCAUUCCGAAGGUUACUGAAAACAGUGCUCCUCAUGCUCUAGUCCUGCAUGAUUUUCCAGCAGAGCAAGCUGAUGAUUUGAACCUCAGCUCUGGAGAGACAGUUUAUCUUCUGGAAAAAAUAGAUAGUGAUUGGUACAGAGGGAAAUGUAGAAACCAGACCGGUAUAUUUCCUGCCAACUAUGUCAAAGUAAUUAUUGAUGUUCCAGAAGGAGGUGAUGGGAAAAAAGGAUCAGCUUCUUCCCACCAUCUUAAAGGCCCAAGAUGUGUGGCUCGGUUUGAAUAUAUCGGAGACCAGAAAGAUGAGUUAACCUUCUCAGAAGGUGAAACUAUCCUCCUGAAGGAAUAUGUCAAUGAAGAAUGGGCCAAAGGAGUGCUGAAAGGCAAAACUGGGAUUUUUCCUCUUAACUUUGUGGAAAUCAUUGAGGAUCUCCCUGAAUAUGGGGCAAAUGCUCCAAGUGUAACAUCAUCACAGAAAAAUAAGAAAGAGACUUCAUCCAUUUCACAGGACAGUAGACAUUCUGGGGAAUGGUGUGAGGCACUUCAUGAUUUUAUAGCAGAAUCCAGUGAAGAUUUAUCUUUUAAGAAGGGAGAUAAUAUCCUGAUCAUCAAGCAUCUGAACUCAGAGUGGUUCAAGGGCAGAUUGAAUAACAGAGAAGGGAUCUUCCCUGCAGUUUUUGUUCGAUCCCGUUCAGGUCCCACCGCUGGAGCAGUGCCUCUCGCCACGGCCGGACAGAAGAAAGAAAAAGCCAGAGCCUUGUAUGACUUCCAUGGGGAAAAUGACGACGAGCUCUCCUUCAAGGCCGGUGACACAAUAACAGAGCUGGAAUCUGUAGAUGAAGAAUGGAUGAGUGGAGAAUUAGCGGGAAAAUCUGGCAUAUUUCCCAAGAACUACGUUCAGGUCCUACCAGCAUCCUAAGCAGAGAUAUUGCUUGUGCUAUGGAAACAUAUUACUCAAAUAGCACAUAGGCGCACUAUGUCCUUUUAGCACAAGAACUGCUGCCUUUGGUAUCACUUGAACUACUAUUCUGACGAUCAGAUACAUGUUUUUGCACUAUUUUUUUUUUACUGAAAGAAAAAUGCACAUAUUGUACAUGGUACCUUAGAAUUUCCUGAAAGCAGUAAAAAGGUUUAGUUUUCUUUUUUUAAAAAAAAAUUCUUUUUGAUGCCCUUAGAAGCCCCCUGGCAUCCCAGAUGCUCCAAAAGAAGACAUCAAGUGGACUUGGCGUAAUGGAUAACAGUUCCUAACAACGAAAGUGAAUUGUGGUAGAGUGGAGAACCCUUUGGGAGUCCAAAACUGCAUUUGCACAUAUGGGAUUUUGAUACAGUAGUACCUUUAAGAGAGCAUAGAGAAGAGGAUUCAUCUUAUGUUGCUGCCAUUCCAUUUUUAAUUUUCAUUAUACCAGAAGGCAUUUAAACUUUACAUGAGUUCGGUUAACCCAAAGUGCAGUAUGGUAGGGCCAUUGUGGAAGAAGCGAUAAUCCCUUCAAGACUUUGGGAAACUGCUUGUCAAAUUUCUUAAUUUACCCUCAGGCACUGGGAGAAUUGGGCCCAUUGCGACUUAGUGUUUGGUAAGAGAAACCGCAUUGCUUAUAUUCAAAUGGAAUUAUUUCUGCUUGAGUGCUUAUCCAUAUACUAAAGACAAGUCACCAUUAGAAAGGGAUGAUUGCUGAAAAAGUGCAACAUUCCUUUACCAUGGUGUGAAGAACUCAAAGAAGCUAAAUGAUGUUCUCUGGUUUUAUGAUUUAGGACUUUACGUUCUUGAUUAAAACCCAUAAGUGAUCCGUUUUGAAAGGAAAGGAUAUUUUUAGUCUUUCAGUCAGGUAGCUCGUGAACCCUUCACAGCCACCUCUGAAACAUGUCCUGCUAAUAAUGCUAACCCUCCUGGCUGCCACACUACUUUUUCCCCUCAAUGUAUGCUUUUUAUUAAUGGAUAUAUUACAUAGCAUAUUUCCAGAGUCUGAGAUCAUUCCUCUGACAAUUAUGGCAUCACAGCAAAAUCCAUUUAUUUCGCAUAGUAGUGUGUAAGCUGUGGUUUGUUAUCAAAAUGCAUUAAAAAUCAUACAAUACAAUACAAAAGUCCUACAGUAAAGAAUAAGUAUCAGGUCAGAAACAGGGAAACAGUCCCAACAGCUAAUGUCUUCACAGAGCUGGCAGGAUAAAUCAGCCUUGUAUGUCCUCUUUGAGGACUGGUAAGUUUUUUGUACCUGUCUGCCCAACCUCACCUAACCUACUCAGCUGAUACUGCACAAAUAGCAGACCUGGAGUUUUUCAUUUACUUUCCUCUGAAUUGAUGUGUUUCACAUGGCACUUGGACAAGUGAUUUCUUGCAAAACUGAAUAAAUGAAUAAGUCUAUUGUACUUGGGACACUUAAACCAAAUGAAAUGAAUUCCAUCUUCCAAAUAGAUUGGCAGAAUAAACAUCUCCUGACAGAUGAAACUGGCUAUAUAUUUUUCUUUGGCCAAAAGUUUUUAAACAACUCAAUUCAAGUAAAAUUGCUAGCUUAUUUAAUCAGAAAUCUAUUUUUUUUAAUCAGUUUGUUCUCAGUAUGAUGCCUUGUCAUGCCCCAGUGUUUUUUUUGUUGUUGUUUUUGUGAAGAAGGUAGAAGUCUGAAAGGGAAAGAGGAGAGAUUGUGGGCCUGCUAAACCUCCCUUCUGACCUCUUUCUAAAUUAAACUGUGGCCCAAGUUCCUCUCUUCUGCACUUGUCCUAUUCUAGGGCAUGAACAGGGACACCUGAAACAUUAUUUGAAAAUUCCAGUCCCAGAUUCUCACCAGAUUAUGGAGAACUCAGCAAACCUAUUCUCUCUGGGCUCUCAGUUGUUCCCUGGGACUACGUCAGAUGCUUGGAUGCUUGCCUUCACCCCUUCAGUACUUUUAAUGCAUUAUAAAAUUAGGAUGCCAUAUAUGCUAAUUUGGGAAAUAAAGGCACUAAGACCUUUGCUGGAAAGGUCCCCAUCCUGAUUUUUUUUCUCCAGUUGGGAAAUGUAUAACUUACAAGGGUUUAUAGGAGCCAGAGGGAUUAAAAGGGCAUAAUUGAAGAAUUUGUGUUAGCCACUGAACGUUUCCUAGGUUUAUUCAGGGGAGUAUUCUAGGACUGCAGCCACAUAAAGCCCUCUCAUACUAACGUCAGGAGAGAAGGGAAUAUGGGAACACAGGGCACCACAACACUGUGACAUUAGGAUGUCAUAAAACUCCAAGUCAGUUUUGAAAAAUGGUCUGUCACCUUGCAUAUCAAAUGUAUUCCGAGCUGCCCUGCUGUGCCUCCCUAUGCUGCUAGAUGGGAGAAAUGCAAUAAUUGUGAAGAUUGUAGGCUAGCAUACUGAGCCGAAACCCCAUUUCGCAAGCCUCCAGAUAAAAUAUGGAUUCUUUGAAUUUUUACAGUCUUCUGUCCAUGUCGCUCACAGAUAUGUUGUGAGGCGAGGAGGAGCUAAGGGGUUAUACUCUCCUCAUUUUACCCUGAAAAUAAUGCCAUUCUUCAGCUUUAGACUUGUCCAGUCUCCAUAGAUCAGGUGGUUUGCCUGUCUGAAGCCGAAAUGCCACUUGAGAUUCGUAAUAGGUGCCAACUUGCUGUCCGCCAUCAAAACCCAAGUGAAAGAAUAUCCACAUUGCCAUUUGGGGUCAAAAAUCAGUUUAGAGGUGAGGGUGGUUGCUGGCUGCUGUUCGGGCAAAAUGUAAGAAGAAGGCUGACUCUUGACUUGUGCUGGAUUUUUUUGCUGAGAGCUCUGAAAUCAUUCAGUCCAGGAGGAGCAAGGAACAAUGGGUUCAGUGAGGGAAGGCAAGCCUUCAGCAGAAUCCCACUUUUCAUCAAAUAUGGUGAAGCAGUUUGCGGUUGAGGGGAGAGGAGGACAGGAGAACCACAACUGCAAACUCCAGUGGCUGAGGCUAGCAACAAUGGUAAAUCUUUCUAACGGUUUGUAAAUGAAACCUUUCAGUGUCACAAGGGCAGUGUACUCUUUCUUUCCCCUGUUCUAGGCAGUUGUUUGAAGAGUGUGACUGUUAGAAACAAUUUGAAAUUAUUUCCAUAAGACAUGGUUGUUAUAUACAUAUAUAUAUAUAU